GGAGUAAUGGAUCCUCUGGAUUUAAUUCAUGUCAUGUUCCAUUAUAAUGGCGAAUUUGUGAAGAAUGGGAACCACAUGAUGUAUUUGGGAGGCAGUGAAGCUAUGUCAGACAUUGACAGAGAUAAGCUUUCUUUGCCCGAGCUUUUGGGGCAUUUAAGAGAUCAUUGCACUGAUGUGGAGGGGAUACAAUGUCAGUUAUAUUGGUUAGUUCCAGGAAAAGAGAUGAAUGAUGGACUUGUUUUUCUGCAUGAUGACAACACUGUUCUUAAGAUGGCUGAGUUUGUUUGUGAUGGAGGAGUUGCAGAUGUGUAUGUUGAGAAGCAUGCUCUUGCUGAUGGGGAAGAAACAGUUGCAACGGCAUGGUCUGCUGGAGAGGAAGAGGAACAGUUCACCCCUUUAAGUGUAGUUAUGCCAGAAGAGCAAGUGCCCAGAUUAGAUGGGAAUACUGAUGCACAAGAUGGAGAGUCUGAUGAAGAGGACAGUGAUUAUAUACCUGAUGAUGAGUCAGCAUCCGAGGAUGAUGAAGAAGCAAGAAAGAUCAAUGCUGACUAUGUAGAGUACAAGAAGAAACUCAGGGCUGGCAACAUUGACAUUUUAGAUGAAGUGUUCAUUACAGAUGCAGCAGUAGGUUCAAGGGAAAAUGUUGGAGAGGAUACAGCUGCUGAAAGCUACUCAGACAGCUCAGAUUUUGAUGACUCUUUUGAAGAAAACAGUGAUGGAGAGGCUAUCAGCAAACCCAAAAAAUAUCCUGUGUACAAAGACAGAGGAGAAGUACCAGAGUUCUGUCUUGGAAUGAAAUUUGAAUCAAAGGAAGAGUUCAGAAAAGCAAUAAUUACUUAUGGACUGCAUCAUAGAAGGUUAAUUAGGUUUAAGAAAAAUGAUUCUGUAAGGUGCAGAGCAGAGUGUGAUUGGGGGACAUGUCCCUGGUUCUGUUUACUAAGUAGGACAAGUAGGUGCAAUAGUUGGCAGGUGACAUCUUUCAUAGAUAAACAUUGUUGCCCAAAAAGGAAGGACAACAAGCUGGUCACUUCAGUGAGGAUUGCACAAAAAUACGAUAAGCUCAUUAGAGGGCACCCAGGAUGGAAGAUUGACAGCUUGAAAGCACAUGUGCAAGAGGACAUGUUUGCAAAUGUGAGCACAUCACAAAUUAAGAGAGCAAAACAAAUUGUGAAGCAGAGAGUGUAUGAUUCCACCAAGUUCCAAUACUCAAAAGUGUUUGAUUAUCAGUUGGAAUUGCUGAGGAGCAAUCCAGGAAGCACUGUUGUUGUCAAACUUGAUCCAAAGGAAAGAGUACCGACAUUUCUGAGAAUGUAUGUGUGUUUGGCUGCUCUGAAAGAAGGUUUCAAGGCAGGUUGUAGAAAAGUAGUAGGAAUGGAUGGAUGUUUUUUCAAAGGAGCAACAAAUGGAGAGCUGCUCUGUGCUAUAGGGAGGGAUGCAAAUAACCAAAUGUACCCAAUUGCAUGGGCAGUAGUUGAGAAGGAGAAUAAUGACUCAUGGGAUUGGUUCUGUGAUUUACUGUUUAGAGAUUUGGAAGUGGAAGAUGGUCAAGGCUGGGUGUUCAUAUCUGACCAGCAGAAAGUGAGUGCUACAUAAUUUAGAGAUCUCCAUAAUUUAUUGCUACUUUUUGCAAAUUGGAAAUGCUAAUUAACAAUUUAUUUUUUAUUUUUUCAGGGAAUUAUAACAGCAGUUCAGAACUGGGCACCAUUGGCUGAGCAUAGGAAUUGUGCCAGACAUAUAUAUGCUAACUGGAGACUUAAAUUCAGAAACAAGGACAGGCAGAAACUGUUCUGGAGAUGUGCAAAAGCAUCAAAUGUAGCUCUGUUUAAUCAUGCUAGGGAGAAGUUGGCCAAGGAAACUGUUAUGGGUGCAAGGGUUGUCACUAAAACAGACCCAUGUCACUGGAGCAGAGCAUGGAUGAGGUUAGGAUCCAACUGUGAUAGUGUAGACAACAACAUGUGUGAGAGCUUUAAUAAGUGGAUUGUGGAAGCUAGAUUCUUUGCUGUUAUUACUAUGCAAGAGACCAUU